AUGGAUCGUCCGCAAGAGCCGCCUACCGCCGGCGAUGCACCUCCUUUGGCCGCGGUGGUUGAUGUCCCCGUCGGAGGUCCGCCGAACGCCGGCGUCGUGUCGGCCAUGAUCUCCGCCACCAUCCCGUUGAAGAGGAAGAGGAUACCGAAGCAAUUCUUCGAAGCUCCUGUGGCGGCUCCAGCUUCGCCGGCUGCCAAGAAGGGCAGGAUGAAGACCAAGGCGGCCGGGCCGAGGGGAGCCGCGCCGGCCAAGGUGCGGACAAAGGCAAUCAGCCGCAUCGGCCUCACGCCUCCACCGCCCUCCAAGGCCACGACCUCUCCUCCCUCCGUUCCGUCCGAUGCGCCGCCCGCGCCGCCGCCACCCACCAUGGACGUAGACAAGGUGUUCGAUCUUGAGUCCACAACAUCCUACAUGGACAUGCUCAACGGUUCCGCGUAUGCUCAAGCACGGUACAAGGACAUGGCCGGCUCGGAGAACAAGGAAUUUCAAUUUCAUCAUUGCUUUUCCAUCCUUCAACAUCUUCCUAAGUGGAAGUUGAGGGACAACGAGCCAAAGUGCAAGAAGGAGGCACUGCUCACCAUGGAUGAUGAAGCGGAGGACAUGAGUGGGAGAAACACCGGCAAGCCCGAGGGCAACAAGAAGGCCAAGGAGAGGGUCAAGGUAGAAGGCGAAGCAGCUAGCUUCCGUGAGAAGUUGGAUCAACUCAUGAAGUCCAAGGAGGCAUUGACGAUGAAGACAUUGGAGACCAAGCUCCUCAUCACCGAGAAGAAGAAGGAGGUGAAGCUUGCCAAGGUGCAAGCAAGGCGGGAAGAUGCCAAAUUGAAGGUUGAGCUUGACAUGAAGAUGAUCACACUCAAAGAAGCCAAGGCCAUGAAGGAGCUCUUGGCCGAGGAGAUGGAUAUCAUGAUGAUGCGCACCGACGGCAUGGACGAGGAUCAGCUGGCGUGGUGGAACGAUACCAAGGCGGACAUCAUUGCUAGGAAGAAGGCUGCGCGUGAAGCUCGUGCUGCAAGUGCUCAUGGUGAGUCUCCGACGAGUGGUGGCGCCGGUGGCGAUGGACUCGUUGAUGGUUGA